GAUGAACAUUUGUGCAGUGACUUUGACCAAUCUUUCAUGUUUUCAUUGACGGAGUCAACAAAAAUUCUGCUGGCAAUUGGGCGAAAGGAAAGUGUUGAGGAAAAUCCGGAACCAGUAUUUAGAAUGUUGUAUCGCCGCCGGUCUCCACGGCUUGUUGUGCGACACAACAUUGAGGUUAAUUUUUGUCCGGUGUCAGUAAUGUAUGAGGAAAAUGCAUUACACGGCCUUUCCACUCUAUUCGCCGACGAUCCUGAUCUUUUCACAAAUGUAGCGGUGGAAUUGCGACGUCGAAAAUGGAGUGAGAAAGCGCAAGCAUUGCGUGAAUGGGAAGCUGGUGACCCAUUCGCUUGUCUCGUUGUGCAGAAUGUAUCAGUGAAUUAUGCUGCAAUAGAAGACUACGUGUCAAAAAUGAGGUUAGGCAUUGGUCACGUUGACAUAGCAGAUCUCGUUGAACGAACAGGACAUCCCUUGUUAACCACUAGAGGAAUUUUUCCUGUAUCGUGCACUCUAAUAGGAAUAUCAGCAGCCUUAUUGACAGUAAACGGUUGUGUGAAGAAUCGGAAGCUACAAUUACUGCCACCUUUGUUGAUUCGAGACAUUCUCAGUUCGAAUCCAAAUAUCUAA